AUUUUUUCUUUCAGAUAUAUAAUCCAUUUCUAGAAUCUUCAAACCUCUUUAUUUUUAUUUUCAAAAAUUGAACUUAGACAAUCUUUACCCAACAAUAUGUUACGGAUUACAGCUACUCGAUGGUUACGAAACCGCAGUUCACUUCGUUUUAGUCGAGUUUUAUCUUCUAGACGACAUUUAUCUUUUUCAAAACCAGUACGAGCUUCAGGGCCAACGGCUAGUAUAACUUAUCGCAGUAUUGCAACUCAAACAGAACCUAUUCAAGAAGAUUCAAAUAUGUGUACCUCGACCGAUUCAACAACCCAACAGCCAUCAGUAACAACAGAGUCUGUCAAAGCAGCCUUCGAACAUCUACUGGGUGUGGUGCCCAAGACCUCUGAUACCAGUAAUAAAAACGAUGACGAUUUGAAAAACACUUUCUAUCAAAGAGAGUUACCAUCAACGCUGGUUCGGUUCGCUUCACCAGAAGGUAAAAAGCUGUUUAGAGAAGCCAUGGAUGAAGGACAUGCAGAAGGCUUUUUCCCUUUAACGGGUAAUUUUACUACUCAGUCAGAACCUGCUUAUUGUGGCCCUAGUUCCUUGGCCAUGGUAUUAAAUGCAUUGGAAGUAGAUCCUAAAAGACGUUGGAAAGGAAAUUGGAGAUGGUUUUCAGAUGAGUUUUUACAAUGUUGCUCGUCAAAGGAAGAAAUGAAGCAGAAAGGGAUCACAUUCGACAAUUUUGCUUGUUUAGCCAAGUGUCAUGCCGACGUACAAGUUAAAAGGGCUUUCGAAUUUACUUUUGAAGAGUUCAAAAAGGAUGUAGAGAUGGUCACGUCAACUUCAGAUAAAUUCAUGGUUCUAUCAUUCUCCAGAAAGACCUUGCAGCAGACAGGUGACGGACAUUUCUCACCUAUUGGGGCUUAUAAUGCAGAAGCAGAAAAAGUAUUAGUUUUGGAUACAGCUCGUUAUAAAUACCCUAGCUACUGGUGCUCUAUAGAAACGCUAUUUGAAUCCAUGAAGCCAGUUGAUGCAGAAACUGGACGGCCUAGAGGUUAUUUCAUUUUGAGCUAUGAUUCUGAACAUCCACCUGUCAGCCUUUGUAGCGUCAGUAAAAACGAACCACAACAAGAACAACAACAAUCUUCUCAAUCAGACAAACAAGGCAUUGCCGUACAAAAAGGCACACCGACAUCAACCGAUACGUCAGCAGAAAAAAAUAACAACCCCAAAUUAAACUGGUCUACUAUUGCCAAAUCAUUCUGCAAACUAAUUCCUGAAAAUAUGUGGCUUGAGAAACCCAGAACUUUACAACAUGUAGUGCAGUUGGUAUUACGAAACAUACCAAAAGAAUAUGCAACCAUUUUAGCAAAUAAAUCACUGGCUUCUUUUAAUGCUAGUACUACUAGUAAGCCAAUGAAGGCAGAAGAAUAUAUUGCUCAACUUCUUUCAGACACAACAAAAUCACCGCUCUAUCCCAUUGUCAUGGAUGCGCUUUACCCAGAUAGAGAAAAUCAAACAUAUACCCGCAUUGACUCCGACGCUGCAUUUGCUACAUUGUUUGUUUUGGGAUCACCAAGAAUGCUUUAUACCUCUUUACCAAAGGAAUUACAAGAUCGGUUGGAUACAUAUAGAAGGGACGAUAGUCUGACUGCAAUCAUGAAGCAAGAAAUUAAGCGAAUCUCACAGGAAGUCGUGGAUUUGACAACCACUUUUUGCACGUGUGGGCCUGGCUGGUCAAGCUCCGAGUUGAAUAAUACGCGUAAUUUUUGUAAAUCUAGUAGUUAAUACCCUGUUUAUUAGACAUAUUCUUUUUUUUUUUUUUCACUGUUUUCUACAUUGUAAUAACAAGAUAUAUAUUAUAUCUGCUUAUACUCUCCACUUCCCUGUUUUUGCCAAUUGUAAAAUAAAG